AUGCCGUCCCUUCGAGUCGCCAUGGACGGCGGCGGCGGCGGCGAGGGAAUGACGGCCACCGCCAAAGGCACGUCCACGAAGACGACGUUGCUCAGCCUCCUCCGGGCCAAGUCGGAGCGGAGCGCCGAGGCGGAGGAGAAGGUGGAGUGGGUCCGGUCGCAGCUCGUCGGCCGCGGCGCCGAGUUCGACGCGCCGUUCGGCCGCCGCCCCCUCGUCUACGCCGACCACACCGCCUCCGGCCGCAGCCUCCGCUACGUCGAGGACUACGUCCUCAAGCACGUCCUCCCCUUCUACGGGAACACGCACACGGAGGACAGCUACGUCGGGAGCAAGACGACGAGGAUGGCGAGGAGCGCGGCGAGCUACAUCAAGCGGUGCAUGGGCGCCAGCGCCGGCGACGCGCUGCUGUUCUGCGGGUCGGGCGCGACGGCGGCGGUGAAGCGGCUCCAGGAGGCGAUGGGCGUGGCGGCGCCGCCGGGCCCGCUGCGGGAGCUCGCGGCGGCGCUGCUGCGCCCCGAGGAGCGGUGGGUGGUGUUCGUGGGGCCCUACGAGCACCACUCCAACCUGCUGUCGUGGCGGCGGAGCCUGGCCGACGUCGUCGAGGUCGGCGCCGGCGGCGACGGCCUCCUCGACCUCGCCGCGCUCCGCGCCGCGCUGCGCGACCCCGCGCACGCCGACCGCCCCAUGCUGGGCUCCUUCUCCGCCUGCAGCAACGUCACCGGCGUCCUCACCGACACCCGCGCCGUCGCCCGCCUCCUCCACCAGCACGGCGCCUUCGCCUGCUUCGACUUCGCCGCCAGUGGGCCCUACGUGGAGAUCGACAUGAGGUCGGGCGAGAUGGACGGCUACGACGCGGUGUUCCUGAGCCCGCACAAGUUCGUCGGCGGGCCGGGCACGCCGGGGAUCCUGCUGAUGAGCCGCGCGCUCUACCGGCUGUCGUCGCAGCCGCCGACGACGUGCGGCGGCGGCACCGUCGCCUACGUGAACGGCUUCAGCGAGUCCGACACGGUGUACCACGGGGACGUCGAGGAGCGGGAGGACGCCGGGACGCCGCCCAUCGUGGGCAAGGUCCGCGCCGCGCUCGCGUUCUGGGUCAAGGAGCGCGUCGGCCGCGGCGGCGCCGUCGCGCUCCGGGAGCGCGUCUACGCCGACGCCGCCAUGAGGUGGCUGCUGGGCAACCCCAACGUGAAGGUGCUCGGCAACGUCACCGCCAGGCGCCUCCCCAUCUUCUCCUUCCUCGUCUUCCCCGGCGGCGGCGGCGGCGGCGGCGACGGCACAACGCCGCCGCGGAUCAGGAGGCGGCUGCCACUUCACGGGCGGUUCGUCGCGAAGCUCCUGAAUGACCUGUUCGGGAUCCAGGCGAGGGGCGGGUGCGCCUGCGCGGGGCCGUACGGCCACGCCCUCCUCGGCGUCGACGACGAGCUCUCGCUCCGCAUCCGCGCUGCCAUCGUCGGGGGCCACCACGGCGUGAAACCGGGGUGGACGAGGGUGAGCUUCGCCUACUACCUCUCCGCCGACGAGUUCCGCUACAUCCUCGCCGCGAUCGACUUCGUGGCGGCGCACGGCCACCGCUUCCUGCCGCUCUACGCCUUCGACUGGGCCACCGGCAACUGGUCCUUCCGCCGCGCCGCGCUCAAGCGUCAGCUCAUGACGCAUGAGCUGCUGCGCCGUGACCACCACCACCCCGCGGCCGGCAGCUCCAGCUCCGCCACCAGCAGCGACACUGACGACGGCGGCGGCGUUGCCCAGAAUGCGGCGGCCGAUAAGUUCGAGGGCUACUUGGAGAGCGCGAGGAGGAUCGCGCGCUCGCUGCCGGAGCCGGACACGUAUGACGAUCGGCCGACGGCUGCCAGCGUGCCGGAGGGAGUGGACCUUGACAUUGUUCUUUUUCGAUUGUGA